AGUGAUUUGAUAAGUAAACUCAACAUGUCUGACCAUACACCAGCUCCUUAUCGACCAAGAUCAGUUUAUGGCUAUGCUUUAUACAUAGGCUCGAAUAUGCUUUUUUUACUCUACAUUAUUUGGGCUUUUGUCCCAGAAGAAUUUUUAAGCGAAAAAUUAGGUCUAUCUUAUUGGCCAUUAAAAUAUUGGGCUGUAGCUAUUCCUAUCUGGGUACUAACUGGAAUAGCAGUAUUUGCUUUUAUUAUUUACCCAGCUACAAAUAUGCUGUUGACUCCUGAUAUUGAUGAUAUGAGAACAAUUAAAGAUCAAUAUUCAUUAUCGAAAAUUGAUCGAGUGCCUGGAGGAAUUCCACCAGUUUCUGACAUUCCAAUCACUGAUGUAUGUAGGAAAUUAUAUACAAAGCAACCACAAGAUAAUUUUUAAAAUAUUUUAAUAAACUGAUAAAUAUAUUAAA